AUGGGAAACAGAACAAGGCUUUUGCUUCCUCUCUAUGUUCUGGUUUUUAGCUUUUCGUCAUUUGAAACUUAUGUCUCCAUCGAAAUGGAUACCUUAUAUCCAGGCCAGUCACUCUCUGGUAACCAAACUAUAAGCUCAAGAAAUGGAAGGUUUGAACUUGGUUUCUUUAAGCCAGGUAACUCUACAGGCUACUAUGUAGGUAUCUGGUACAAGAACCUCAAGGUUAAGACUGUGGUGUGGGUGGCUAAUAGAGAUGAGCCACUCCUUGAUCAUUCUGUUUCAAAACUUGAGAUCUCUGAAAAGGGUAGCCUUGUCCUUUACAACCAAUCUGAAAUCCCAGUUUGGUCAGCUGAGCCAUCACCAUCGAACACCAUGAAUUCCACUGUUGCAGUUCUUGAGGAUAGUGGGAAUCUUGUUUUGAGAAAUGGUUCAAGUCCUUCAGUCACAGCAUGGGAAAGCUUUGAUCAUCCUACUGAUACAUGGUUGCCUGGGGCCAAGCUUGGAAGAAGCAAGGUGAGCAAGAAAGGGCUAAUCUAUGUUUCUUGGAGCAGUCCAAAUGAUCCUUCGCCUGGAUUGUUUUCCCUAGGGCUAGACACCAAUGGAACCGGGUGGUAUCAUAUACUGAAGAAUGGGAUUAGGCACUGGACUUGUGGGUAUUGGCUACAGAGAGUUUCCUCUUUUAGUACUGAGACAGUGACUACCAACUAUAUCACAAUGGGAUAUGUCUCAAAUAAGGAAGAAAAUUACUAUUUUUACUCGGUCACCACCUCCUCGGUUCUUGUAAGAUUUCUGAUGGAUGUAACAGGUAAAGUGCAGCAACUCAUAUGGAAAGAUGGUUCUCAGGAAUGGGAAACUAUUUGGGAAAAGCCGAAGGAAACAUGUGAAAUCUAUGCUUUCUGUGGAGCAAAUGGAGCUUGUAAUCAGUUUGGUGGUCCUAAAUGCAAAUGCUUGCCUGGUUUUGAACCUAAAAUUCCUGGAGAAUGGAAAACAGGCAAUUAUACAAAUGGUUGUCUUAGAAAAUCUUUGUUGAAGUGCAAUAAAGAUGUGAAACAUGACUUUCAAGUGAUUGAAAACAUAAGGCUGCCACCAAAUGAAGUGUUGACAAAUAAUAAGAGCUUGAGAGAGUGUAAAUCGGCUUGCUUAAGAGACUGCUCUUGUAUUGCAUACACCAUUGGAUAUUAUGGUAACUGCUCCAUAUGGCGAGAAGAUUUGCUGAACAUCCAAUACCUCACUUUUGGUGACCAUAUUGGAAGAGAUUUAUAUCUCCGGCUUCCCAUGACGGAGUUGGCAGCUUCGAAAGUUAAAAAGAAGUUAAGAAUUGAGCGGCUCACUAUUUGUGCAGCUGCAGCAAUUGUGAUUUUGAUUCCUAUCUUGGUACUAAUGUCAUGGGUUGCGCAUUCUAAGUCUGUGACACUAGUUUCAAUAUGCAGGAUGGCAAAUUUCUCUGGUACCAAACCAACUGAUGAUGCUCUGGUUCUCUUCAAGUUUGGUGAUUUAAAGAGUGCAACAAAGAAUUUUUCCGAAAAAUUAGCUGAAGGAGGCUUUGGUUCUGUUUAUAAAGGAACGCUUCCGAAUUCGGCUGUCAUAGCAGUAAAGAGUCUCAAAGGCCAAGACCAUGAAGACAAGCAGUUCCGCGCUGAAGUGAGCACCAUAGGGACAAUCCAUCAUGUUAAUCUAGUUCACCUUCUCGGGUUUUGUUUGAAGGGGACGAAGAGGUUUCUCGUAUACGAAUACAUGCCAAAUGGUUCUUUGGACAGUCACCUGUUUUAUAAGGAUUCAAAGAUCCUGGACUGGAAAACAAGACAUCAUAUUGCACUGGGAGUAGCUCGAGGAUUAGCUUAUCUCCAUGAGAAGUGCAGAGUAUGCAUCAUACACUGUGACAUCAAGCCUGAGAACAUUCUUCUUGAUGCAGAUUAUAAUCCUUUGCUUUCAGACUUCGGCCUAGCAAAGCUGUUCGGUAGGGAUUUCAGUCGUGUUUUGACCACGAUGAAAGGAACCAGAGGGUACCUUGCACCCGAAAUGAUUUCAGGUGAUCCCAUCACUCCAAAAUCUGAUGUUUUUAGCUAUGGGAUGUUGCUAUUGGAGAUUAUAUCAGGAAGAAGAAACUGGGAGAUAAAAGGUGAUGAGACAGACAAUUACUUCCCAGCUCGUGCUGCGAUAUGUGUAAGCAAUGGAGGGGAUGUGCUAAGUCUGUUGGAUCCCAAGUUGCAGGGGAAUGCAAAUGCGGAAGAAGUCAUCAGAGCUUGUAGAGUAGCAUGUUGGUGCAUUCAAGAUGAAGAACAAAAUAGGCCAUCCAUGGGGCAUGUUGUUCAGAUCCUUGAGGGAGUCCAAGAGAUCAAUAUGCCACCAAUUCCCUGGUUUAUUCAAACCAUCAUAAACUUCUAA